AUGACCAGGGGGCUGAACCAAGGUAGUUUCAUGUGGGGAAUAUCCAAGCAGAAUACACACAUAGAGCAACUCUGGCAUGAAGUUGAUAUCAGGGCAGACUGUGCCUCAUUUUGUGAGGAGUGGAAUGCUCACCCAAUCUCAGGUGAAGGUCAUGACCAGAGCCCAAAUGUGAGUGCACUAGAGCAUGGAAUAUAUCUCCAGAAUGACAUACAACUCCACCCCAAUGUCAUUUCUCACUACUAUGGCCUGCAACACCAAGGCAAUGGUUCUACCCCAGGCCAUCUGGCUGAACAGGAUGAUGAAUGGGAGGAUGUGGUAGAGGACAGUGAUGCUGCUACCCAGAAUUCUGAUCUUCCUUCUAUGAUUGCAGCUGAUCAAGCACCUGAAUUUGCCAAUGAUGGUGCCCCAGUUCCCAAAGGAAUCAGCCCAUUUCCCUCACCUGCAUGGCAAGAAGUGUUUCAUCUGUCCAUGCAACAAGUACAGGAAAUCAGACAUAUUCCAAUUGGAUAUGGGAUCAGGGAAGAGGAGUGGGAUGGGGAAGGCUAUCCAGAGUUGGAGGACCAUUCCCUCAGGAUGCCAUGGCCAAAAGGAAAUUAUAGUUGA